AUGGAUAGCAAAGCACCUGCAGACAACGCAAGAAAGGACCUCAGGCCGAUCAAGCGAUUUGUCACCACCCAUACACCUGAAGGAACCACUACUUUCUCAAAUGCCUUGUCUGAGGACGCUCCAUUCCAAACCCUGCCAGAUAAUGUCGACUUUGCCCUCUGCUACGCAACCAACCAGUUCCCCGUCAACCUCAACGACGAGGCAGAUAUCGGUACAUAUCAACACUAUACCCAAAACCUUCCUGGAAUCACUCUGCCGACAGGCACAGUUCUUCGCGUCGUGGAUAUACCUCCUGGAGCGAUAUCGCCUAUGCAUCGCACAAUCAGCCUGGAUUAUGGCGUCGUAUUGGAAGGGGAGAUUGACUUGAUCCUAGACUCUGAUGAGAAGCGAGUCAUGAAACGGGGCGACAUUUCUGUUCAGCGGGGAACCAAUCAUGCCUGGAAGAAUAGGAGCGAGGACUCAUGGGCACGAAUGCUUUAUGUUUUGCAGCCUGCUACAAAUCUGAGAGUUGCCGGUCAAGAACUCUACGAUAAUUCGAUGCAUACUAUUCCCGGUUAUGAGGAGGAAGCGGGGAAGAACUAG